AUGGAUAAAACUUUCAAUGCUAGGCUUUCUCUCUCUGAUAAUCACUUCUCAAGCAUGGAUAAACUUUUCAAUGCUAUGCUCCUACUGCUUACCUUGUUCACUGAAAUCGCACUGCUCUGUUCAUGCCAAAAUGCAAGCUUCAGUUGCAUACAAAGCGAAAGGCAAGCUCUCCUAAAACUGAAACAGAGUUUCUCAGACUCUUCCCAUUGCCUAUCUUCUUGGAAAGGCAAAAACUGUUGCAUGUGGAAAGGAGUAAGCUGCGACGAAAACAAUGGGCAUGUUGUCAAGCUUAACCUCAGAGCAGGGUCAACGUCAUGGCUUGAUAACGGAAGUUCCUUACGGGCCCGUGAGGUAAAUUCUUAUAUUACUGAGUUGAGAUAUUUGAAGUACCUGGACUUGAGUGGAAAUGACUUCCAAGAUAGCGCCAUCCCGCAAUUCUUCAGUUUGAUGAAACAGCUGAGGUACCUUAAUAUCUCCGACGCCGGAUUCAGUGGAAGUGUUCCUCAGAAUCUUGGAAAUCUUACUAGUUUACGUGUUCUUGAUCUUAGCACAGAACAUCGAGGAUCGACAUUGAGGGUAGAUGAUAUUCAAUGGAUUUCUCAUCUUGUAUCCUUGCAGCAACUUGGUAUGGCAGGUAUACACCUUGGUGAGGCACGAAACCUAUUUCAGGUACUCAACAUGCUUCCUUCCUUGCAAUCAUUACAUUUGUCGCAUUGCGGGAUUCAUAAUUUUCAUUUCUCUCGGCUUCCAAUUAAUUCUACAUUUCAUGGUAGCCUUCAGCGUCUAGAUCUUGGAGGUAACGAUUUGGGAGGUCCAGUUCCUAUUGCGCUCCAAAACAUGACUCUUUUGAGAAUCCUUGAUCUUAGCUAUAACCGUUUUAAUUCUUCAAUUCCAAACUGGUUUGGAAAUUUUAAGAACCUUAUUCAUCUCAAUCUUGCUGGGAAUGAUUUUAGUAGCACUAAAAAAGGGUUGGCAUUGAUCUUAGGAAAUAUGUGCUACUUAAAAUCAUUAGAUUUGUCAUUCAGUCAAUUUCAGAAUGAUUUAAUAGGAAUUUAUGAAAAUGUAUCUGGAUGUGUUGGACAUGAUUUAGAGACGUUAAAUUUAGAUUAUAGUAUGAUCAGUGGCCAUAUACCAGAACGGUUGGGGAUGCUAAAAAACCUAAAACACCUUCAUCUUUAUGGCAAUCAAUUGAAUGGGACCAUCCCAGAAAGUCUUGGGCAACUUUCCCACCUCGAGACUAUAGAUCUUUCUCACAAUUCAUUGGAAGGCGCCAUUUCCGAAGUCCACUUUGCUACGCUCUCAAAGUUGAAAGUGUUGUCCAUUAGCUCCAACAGCUUGACUAUCAAGAUCAAAUCCAACUGGGUCCCUCCUUUUCAACUGGAAUGCAUUGAAAUGGGGUCCUGCAAAUUCGGAACACAAUUUCCUCAAUGGCUUCGAACACAAUUGAAAGCAACUACACUAGUUCUUUCCAACAAUAGCAUCUCGGGUAUCCUGCCAAAAUGGAUCAAGGAGUUGAAUCUUUCUCUACUGGACCUCUCUCACAACCAGAUUACUGGAUCCAUUCCGAAAUUUUCUUCCAACUUAAUGACCAUCGAUCUCUCCAAUAACUUGAUCUCCGGGACCCUUACCGAAAUGAUUGGCGAUAAUAAUGUUUUGUCUAAGUUGCAGAGUCUUAUUCUUUCUGAUAACCGAGUAAACGGCUCAAUUCCGAACUCAUUUUGCCACAUAGAAACCCUAGAAGUUCUACAACUCUCAAAAAAUAAGUUAUCUGCGAAUAUUCCUGACUGCUGGAGAGAUUAUCAAUCCUUACAAGUUUUAGAUCUAUCAUCUAACAAUCUCUCAGGGGUUAUCCCCAGCUCAAUUGGGCAUCUUAACUCACUGCAAUGGUUGCACUUGAGCAACAAUAGUCUCAGCGGGGAGCCACCACUGGCCUUAAAAAACUGCAGAGAUCUUGUAGUUUUGGAUCUAGGUGAGAAUGCGUUAUCUGGACAUGUACCUAAAUGGAUUGGGGAUGGCUUCUGGCAGCUAAGCGUUCUCAGGCUACGAAAAAAUAAAUUCAGCGGAACUAUCCCUUCUCAACUCUGCCACAUAUCUACUCUACAAAUCCUAGAUCUUGCAGAGAACAAUCUGAAGGGAAAGAUACCUUAUUGCUUCGCCGAUUUCAUUGGUAUGGUCAAGACAGAUGUCGGUGAUUUAGAGGGCUAUUCCGGUAUUUUUUGGACACAGUGGAACAAUGAGCACCUAACAGAGGUCAUCAAAGCAAGAUCCUUAGAAUACACAAAAACUUUACGGUUUUUGGUUAGUAUGGACCUGUCAAGCAAUAAGCUGGAGGGAUCAAUCCUAGAAGAGCUUGCACUCUUCACAGGAUUAAUUGGUCUGAAUUUGUCUCAUAACCAGUUAUCAGGACAGUUCCCUAAUAGGAUAGGGAAACUUGAGUCGCUGGAAUCACUCGACUUGUCUUUCAAUGAACUUUCUGGCAUGAUUCCUGGUAGUAUGUCAUCUCUAACAAAACUUAGUCACCUCAACUUGUCAUACAACAACUUCUCAGGAAAAAUUCCAGAAGGCAAUCAACUCCAAACUCUUGAUGAUCCAUUCAUUUAUGCUGGUAACCCUCUGCUCUGUGGCGCUCCACUAAAGAAAUGCUGGGAUGAUAAGCAUCAUCAAGGCAAAAAUGGCAAUGCCAAACACAACUCUGCUGAGAAGAUGUGGUUUUACAUUGUCAUAAUGUCUGGCUAUGCAACUGGGUUCUGGGGUGUUGUUGCGGCCUUGAUAUUCAAGAAAAGUUGGCGACAUGCUUAUUUCUUGUUCGUGGACAAGUGCAAAGAUUGGGUACUUGUGCUUGUAGCAUUAAAGAUGGCAAGUGUCAAAAACUUGAUCAAGGGAAACCGCACAGAUGAGUGA